AUGGGGUUCCUGUUCCAGAGAGCCACUGUCUCUGGUAAUUAUACUUGUGUCACGACUAGCACUUGUGGAUCUGUCACUAACACUACCUUUAUCAAAGAGGCUCCAACUGUUGCACCUGGGACUGGUAUUAGUAUCAAUCCUGGUAAUACUCCAGUCCCUGCUGGCACUAGGACCUGUAUCUCAAGUGGUGUUGGAUCUUUAGUCCGUCUUGUCUGCAAUCUAGCGUUCAACAAUGAGUCAGUGUCUGAUGUUACUUUCUCUUGGUCCACUCCUGGAGGAGGCAAUCAAAGCGGUUCUACCAUUACAGCCAGGUCUCCUGGAGAUUAUACUUGCACUGCUAGUAAUCCGUGUGGAAGUAGUCAAGCAACAACUGAAGUUGUUGGUCGUAUACAGCAGACGAAAGGAACGGUGACUGGUAUUGAUCAAACAAUUGACAUUGGCUCAAGGCUCUGUAUCAAUUCAGCCAAUUCAGUCAGAAUCAACUGCAAUACUGACUUUGGUACUAGUGUAACUAGAAUAUGGCGUAGAGAUGGCAAUGUCAUAAGUGGUGUCACUGGUAGCAGUUAUGAUGCUGUCCCUAGUGAUGUAGGAAGUGCAAUCACUUGUGCAGUUAUGAAUCCUUGUGGAAUGGACUCGGCAGUUACACAAGUUAUUACUCAGGCUCCUGUCACCAUUAAUGGGACUAUUUCAACUCUCAAUAUAUCAGACAAUGGAUGCGAUCGUCCCGGUAUAACCAGUACCGGUGUUGACCUUUGCCCUCUUGAUGGAGAGAGAGUUGAAAUUUCUUGUUCUUCUAAUGAAGGAUAUACCAUCACUGGACCUGGUGGAAGUUCAAUGGAUGCUUCUCUUGUUAUAAUGAACUUUAAUCUGUCAGACUCGGGUACAUACACUUGUAGAUCUACAAGUACUGUCUGUGGUGGUGCAGUGAGUACUAUAGUUGUCAGUGGAUCAGGUGUACCUCCUUCAAUCAGCACUGACACUCCUGCCACAGCUACUCCCACUCUACCUCCAACAGUAAUGAAUAGGACAAUCCCAAUUGGAACUGACAUCUGUUUAUUAGAAACUCAGUUUGUCACCAUUGAUUGUAGGACUCAGAGUGGUACUGAGCCUAUUAGGUUUACAUGGACUGCUGCUUCAACUGGUAGUAGAGUAAUAGCAAAUGGAAUGAGAAUAACUGUUAAUAAUACUGAUGUGUAUACUUGUAAUGCUACCAAUGCAUUCGGUACUUCUACUGCCAGCUCUACAGUUGAACGUCGAUUAAGUGUCUCUUUGAAUGGAGUCAGUCCUCAAGGAAGCAGAUGCGAUCAACUUAAGAGAAGACCCCCUGGUGUGGACUAUUGUGCAUUUGUUGGAGAUAGUGUUACUCUUUCCUGCAGCAUAAAUUCUCCUACUGUUCCUACCACGAUAUACCUUGGAAGCACUUCUAGCACCAGUGAUAUCCCUUUUAUUCCCAUCCUUCCUAGUGCCGAAGGAAACUACCUGUGCAAUGCUACCAAUGACUGCGGAACUAGUAGUGAUAUGCUUAACCUUAGAGUCUAUGAUCCUGCAAGAAUUGAUCGUCAGCAGACCCUACCACCCCCUGGCCCUAAUGAAGAGGUCAUUGGUGCAGGUAGACCUGACGAGCCAAAUGAAGUCACUCCAGGCAGAACCGUCAGAUUAUUCUGUCCGUUCACUGGAAUAGACCCAGCUAAUACGACAUGGCUGAGGGUACGGCCUGAUGGAUUCACUACUGAAAUCGAUACGAGUCUACCAGCCUUCUCCAUUAAUAAUACAGGAAACGUGUCAGUAUUGAUCAUCUCUCCCUUUACCAGAGAGUUUGAAGGAACUUAUCGCUGCACUACAACUAACAUUGCCGGUGAUGAUGCAGGAGAUGUUGUGCUUCAAGCGACUGUUGAAGUAAUUCCCGAGUGGGUAACAAGCCCUUGGAGUGAGUGUCAACCAAAAUGUCACCGAGGAAUGAGAAUGAGACUGGUCCAUUGUGUUGACAGGUUAUCUGGUAGGAGGCUUCCAGAUAACAGAUGUACCGAGUCAAAACCUUUGACAAUGGAGUCAUGCGUGAACUCUGGCCCUUGCUUUACUACACCGAAAUGGAAAACUGGAAAUUGGACCGGGUGUUCUGUUUCCUGUGGUGGAGGUCACCGUACUAGGUCUGUCACUUGUGUAAUACCUCUUACUGGAGAGACUGUUCCUGAUAGUAGAUGCAUAGAUGUUCGUAAGCCCAGGGACCAUGAGUACUGCAAUGACCAUUCUUGUUGUGUGAGUGACGCAUACAAAGCUUGCAAGCACAUUGCUGGAACUCACUCGUGCUCCUUUGGCUACAUGAGGACUAUCUGUUGCUGGACUUGCAGGCACUAUCAUUAUUACUGAGGGGCCCAGUGGCUCACCGUCACACAUGCAUGUAUCUAGAACUUACAUUUCUCUUGAAAACUGAGAGAACGGCUAUAGAAAAAAACAAUAUUUUGUUGUGUUACUAUUUCCUAUAGAUACUUUUAUGUCGAGUUAUUAAUUUUUUGGUGGCUGGUGCCAUCAAUAAUAUUAUUUUUCAAAUGGA